AUGUCUUGCUUUUCAUCCUUUUCAGGCUCCAGUCCCAACUAUGGCAGUGGAUUUUCGGGGGACACUGAGACACUCACAACUUUCAGCUGGGAUGACCGCAGUGUGCGCAGGGUGUUCAUUAGGAAGGUUUACAGCAUCCUUUUGAUUCAGCUUCUCGUUACAGUUGCCAUUGUGGCCCUCUUCACCUUCUGUGAACCAGUCCAAACAUAUAUCCAAGCAAAUCCAGCCUGGUACUGGGCUUCCUAUGCCGUCUUCUUUAUUACCUACCUGAUCCUGGCUUGCUGCUCUGGACCCAGGAGGUACUUCCCAUGGAACCUGAUCCUCCUGAGCAUCUUUACGCUUUCCAUGGCCUAUCUGACUGGGAUGCUCUCCAGCUACUACAACACCAAGUCAGUCCUUCUGUGCCUAGGGAUAACAGCACUGGUAUGCCUCUCUGUCACCUUAUUCAGCUUCCAAACCAAGUAUGAUUUCACCUCCUGCCAGGGCGUGCUGUUCGUGAUGCUGAUGGUGCUGCUUUUUAGCGGGAUCAUCCUGGCUAUUCUGCUUCCUUUCAAAUAUGUGCCGUGGCUCCAGGCCAUUUAUGCUGUGCUGGGUGCAAUUGUAUUUACUAUGUUCCUGGCCUUUGACACGCAGCUCCUGAUGGGAAACAGACGCUACGCUAUGAGCCCAGAGGAAUACAUCUUUGGGGCUCUCAACAUCUACCUAGACAUCAUCUACAUAUUCUCCUUUCUCCUGCAGAUCUUUGGGUCUAGCCGAGAGUGAGCUUGGCAGAGCUGCUAGGGCUUGUGUCUGAUUUAUUAUUAUUAUUAUUAAAAAAAAGAAAGGAAUAUACAUCGGAUGACACAAGAAGAAAGAAAGGAGAGAGGAAAAAGUUAUCCAACCUCUCUAGCCCUUUAGCAAACUCCAUUCCAUCAGACGGGGCCCCUGUCCACCCACCGGCCUUGUUGAGCUCCUGCAGGCUGUACAUAUAUACAUAUAGAUGCUGUUAAAAAUUUUGUGACUCAAAAAGAAAACUGGGGUGUAAAUGUACUUGCUCUGGCAACUGCCUUCAAGCUGUAAAUUGAACCUGGAGUUGCAGGACCAGAAUGGGCACUAGAGUGGAGGGGAGGGGGACCAUUUUUUUAUGUGUGUGGUUUCAAUUGCUGAAGCAAAGCAAUUGGGAAUUCAGAAACGAUCUUAAUCAAGGUGGUCACAAAUGUUUGUGAAAAUCUGCAGAAUGGCUGAUUUACUUAUUUAUUUAUUUAUUGGUGUUCUUCCUGACAAUUGUUGUGCAAGCCUCAAAUUCAAGUCCUGGCACGCAUUUAGGGCCAAUCUGUUCAUUUGCUUUCUAGCCACUAGAUGCUUUUCCUCCAAAGAGCUCAGAGCAGCUUAUAAGGUCCAUCUCGCUUAGCUUCAUUGGUAGAACUUCUUCACAUGCCCUCAUGCUCACUAGGAUUUUUUGGGGGUGGGGGUGGUUCCAGACUCUGAGCCUGUUCUGCUUGGCUUUGAGUUUUAAUUUGCUGAUUUGAAGUUGCAGGGUUCACUUUCCCAUUUUCUUGCCCAUUUUCUUGUUUGUUUGUUUCAGCACUAUUUCCGGCAUAGCAAGAGGAGCAGAAUAAAUGGUCCCUGUGUUCCUGCUCAGUCAGUGUUGGCAUUUCCAGUCCCAGCCACUAACAAGAGCAAACAUGUCCUUAGAUCUGGGAUAAUACCUUUUGCCGCCACUUUAAUGCUGUGCUCCCAUGCACCAAUGACUUCACCUGUCUCUCCAUCCCUUUCUUGGGAUGUGGAUGACAUUAAGACUUCUUCCCAUGAGUGGAUCAGGGCUUGAAAGGAGAUGAGGCAGAGAGAAGGAGGGAGUGAUAGAAGAAUGCUUUCUGCUUUCAUAUGUCUAGCUAAGCAAGUCUUUGCAGAUUUAGAGAGGAUGGCCAUGGCAUUUCUCAUGGCCUAGCAUUUCUUUGCCAAUUGUUGCAGACAGAAAGAUGGAGGGAAACACACCCCAGCACUGAGAAAUCCAUGUGUAGGAGAUUCCAGAAAUGUAGACAGGAGCCUACCAUUCUCAUUUGUAUUCAGAUCACCUUUGCAUUAUGACACUGCAUCUGUUUAGAAAUAUUGGGUGCAUGAAUGGAGGCCCCGUGUCUCCUCUAAAUCUCAUAUAUAGAUAGAUCCUUGCAAGCGAAGACAUUCCAGCCUCUUAGCUAGAUCCCUUCACCAUCUCGGAUAGAAUAGUUGCCUGAAUUAAGCCUAAAUUCCUGAUUGGAGUUUGAGGUCCUCCCUCUGCUGCCAGAAGUGGAUGUGUCAUAAGAAGAGUGCUGAGGUUGGGGUAAAGGGUUCAAGAAUGAAAAAGCUUCAGCACCACUGGACAAAGAAUGUGAAUAAAUUCUAAAAUCCCAAAUUGACCAGAUUGUGUGUGUAUGUUAAGGCAAUGAGGUCACAUCUAACCACUGCCUAACCAAUGGUGUAUUUCUGCAUCAGAUGAUAACAUACAAUCACCCUGUGUAAUUCAGAGUGUGCCCUGCAUUCUUUGCAUUUAUAUAAAACUGCUGGCACAACCAUGAUGUAGGUAUUUGCACUCUGUUCACCUGUGUGAUCUAAUGAACUUUUACAUUAUUA